UUCCGGAAGCGGAAGUGCACAAAGGUCGGGAUUGGUUUUCAAGAUGGUGGUUCUCAAUGUUCUGGUGUCUGGCUGUGGACGGCUACUCCGAGGGCUCCUGGCAGGCCCGGCCGCGACCAGCUGGGCUCGGCCUCCAUCUCGCGGCUUUAGAGAAGUGGUGGAGAUCCAAGAUGGGAAGACAACUAUAAUCGAAGGCCGAAUCACAGAGACUCCCCAGGAAAGUCCAAACCCCCCCAACCCCACUGGUCAGUGCCCCAUCUGUCGCUGGAACCUGAAGCACAAGUAUAACUACGAGGAUGUUCUGCUGCUCAGCCAGUUCAUCCGGCCACACGGGGGCAUGCUGCCCCGAAGAAUCACAGGCCUGUGCCAGGAGGAGCACCUCAAAAUUGAGGAGUGUGUGAAGAUGGCCCACCGAGCAGGUCUGCUCCCAAAUCACAGGCCGAAGCUUCCCGAAGGAUUUGUUCCAAAGAGCAAACCCCGACUUAACAGGUACCUGACCCGCUGGUCUCCCCGCUCCGUCAAGCCCAUCUACAACAAAGGCCACCGCUGGAACAAGGUGCGCAUGCCUGUGGGGUCCCCCCUCCUGAAGGACAACGUCUCCUACUCGGGCAGGCCCCUGCUGCUGUACCACUGACUGAGGCAGCUCCGCCCGCACUCCACCCCAGCCCGCCCGACGGCCCGGCUCUUCCAGUAUUGUCAAUGCAAGGGACAGCAGGACCCCCUCCAGGGGCCAGGCAGGGCAGUCGGGUCCCCGGGCAGCUGCCAGGGGCUCAGGCCUGGCCUGGGUUCAGCGCUGACGGGUGGGAGCUUGGCCCAAAGGAAUCUUAUAAAACAAGGCUCUUACCCUCCCA